AUGUGUCUAAAGGACGUCAGGAUGCAGUCGUGUGCCAGGUGUGGGUUUGUGGUUUACCCAGCGGAGAAGAUCAACUGCAUCGACCAGAACUGGCACAAAGCAUGUUUCCACUGUGACGUUUGUAAAAUGGUGCUGACGGCAAACAACUUUGUCAGUCACAAGAAGAGGCCAUACUGCUCUGUACACAAUCCAAGAAACAACACAUUCACCAGCGUCUAUGAAACUCCGGUGAACAUCAACGCCAAGAAGCAGAGUAUGGCCAGCAGUGAGCUGAAGUACCGUGAAGAUGGCGAGCGCUUUAUGUCCACCUUCCACCAGGACAUGAAGCUGGAGAGGGCCCGACAUGUCAAUCAAACGGCCAGCCAGGUGUUUCAGUCCAGGUCUGAGCAGCAGCAGCAGCAGCAGCAGCAGCAGCAGCAGCAGCAGCAGCAGCAGCAGCAGCAGCAGCAGCAGCAGCAGCAGCAGCAGCAGCAGCAGCAGCAGCAGCAGCAGCAGCAGCAGCAGCAGUGGGAGUCAGGGACAGUCAGCAGUCACCACAUUAUUAGUAUGUCUCAAGCCCAGAAGAAUAUCAGUGAAGUGAAGUACACAGAGGAGUUUGAACAGUCCAAAGGAAAGGGCACCUUUCCUGCUCUGAUCACACCAGGCUACCAGGCCGUGAAACAAGCUAGCACGUUAGCUAGUAAUGUGGAAUACAAGAAAGGACACGAAGAAAGAGUUUCAAAGUAUACAACGUUUGUGGAUUCUCCAGAGGUGCUCCUGGCAAAGAAACAAGGACAAAUAGUCAGCGACUACGCUUACACUGAAGAGUAUGAGCAGCAGCGGGGGAAGGGCAGUUUCCCGGCUCAUCUCACUCCAGGAUACCAGAUGUCGAAGAAGGCAACUGCACAGGCCAGCAAUAUAAAGUACCGUCAAGCGUACGACCAGCAGAUAAAGGGAACAGCCAGCACUGAGGCCGCGGCAGCAGAGGCAGCGUUAGUGCGAGAGAACGGAGAACGCCACAGUCAGAUUGCUUACACCGAGGACUAUGAACAGCAGCGAGGCAAAGGCAGCUUCCCCGCCAUGAUCACCCCUGGGUACCACCUCGCCAAAAAGGCUCAGGACAAUGCAAGUGAUUUGAAAUAUCGUAAAGACAUAAAGAAGAUGAAGGGCACGUCGCACUUCCACAGUCUGACCUCGGAGGACAACCUUUCACUGAAGAACGCACGGAAAAUCAGCAAGCUCGUCAGUGAGGUGGAAUAUAAAAAGGAUUUAGAAAACACAAAAGGUCACAGCAUUAACUUCUGUGAGACGCCACAGUUUCAAAACGCUGCCAAAGUCGCCAAGUUCACCAGCGAUAACAAGUACAGAGAGAAGUACGCGGCCGGGAUGAAGGGGUACUGCGAGGGCGGAGUCAUGGACACCAAGACUCAGCACGCGCUCAAGGCCGGGAGGCUGCAGAGUGACAUCGUGUAUAAACAAGGGUCGGAGCAGGAGUACAACUACCAGGCCACGCUCACGCCCGGAUACCAGUGCACCAAGAAGCUGGAGCCGCUGAAGGACAAAAAUUACAGACAACACAUCGACCAAGUGAAGUUCAAACCCGUCAUAGAAACUCCGGAGAUCAUUCGAGCCAAGAAGAACGCUCAACUCGCCAGCAACCUCAAUUACAAAGCGGACUAUGAAAAGACCAAGCAUCUGUACACACUGUCCCAGGACCUGCCUCAAAUCAAACACGCUAAAGCUAACGCUGAACUCUGCUCUGAUAUCAAGUAUAAAGAGCAGUGGGAGAAGACCAAGUCCAAAGCCUGUGAGACCGGUUUGGAGGAUCUGUCGGUCCGAGCAGCUAAAGCCUCCAGGGACUUGGCCAGUGAUAUCAAAUACAAAGAAUCCUACAUGAAAAACAAGGAGAGAGCGGCGGGCGUUAACGUUAGCGACGCAAGAACUCUGCACUCGCUCCAGGUCGGGAGGAUGGCCAGCGACAUCGAGUAUAAGAAAGAAUCAAAGGAAAGUCAGUCUCAGUUCAUCGGCUCCAAGGAUAUGAUCAACAUGAGUCACGCCAAAAAGGCCCAGGCCCUCGCCAGCGACCUGGAGUACCGCAAGAAACUGCACGACUACACCGUGAUGCCCGACGACAUGAACGUCCAACAGGCCAAGAAGGCGUACGCCCUGCAGAGCGACAAUCGGUAUCGGUCGGACCUGAACUGGAUGAAAGGCGUUGGGUGGGAGGCUGAAGGUUGUCUGAACAUAGAACAGGCCAAAAAGGCGGGAAACCUCUUGAGUGACACUAAAUACCGUCAGAAAGCAGACAGCAUCAGGUUCACGCAGGUGACCGACGAUCUCAACAUGAAACAUGCACAAAAAAGCCAGGAGCUGCAGAGUGACCUGGCGUACAAAGCAGACACGGAACAGAUCAUCCACCAGUACACCAUGACCAAAGACGAACCACUUUUCAAACAAGCUAAGGCUAAUGCUGAGCUCUUGAGUGAUAAAGCUUACAAAAGUAACUGGGAAAAACAGAGGGACAAAGGUUUUGAGAUGCGUCUGGAUUCCAUGUCCAUCCUCACGGCUAAAGCUAAGAGAGACCUGGCUAGCAAUAUCAAAUACAAAGAACAAUACGAGAAAGAAAAAGGCAAAGUUAUCGGGAUCAAGUCUGUGAGUGAUGACUCUCAGAUGGCCCACUCCACACAGGCCACCAAACUGCACAGCGACCGUUGCUACAAACAGAAGUAUGAGGACACCAAGGACCAGUUCAGCGUGUCUCUGGACAUGUUGAACAUCAGCCACGCUCAGAAAGCACAGGACCUGGCCACAGAAACCAACUACAGAACCAUCCUCCACGACUACACCACGCUCCCCUCCGACAUCAGCGUCACGUGGGCCAAGAAGGCGUACGGGCUCCAAAGCAACAAACAGUACAGGUCAGAUCUAAACUGGAUGAAGGGAGUGGGAUGGGAGGCCUCCAAGUCUCUGGACGUCCAACAGGCAAAGAAAGCCGGGGAGCUUCUUAGCGAGAAAAAGUAUCGUCAGAAUGUGAGUAACCUGAAGUUCACCAGCGUCGAGGACACUCCCGAGAUGGUCCAGGCCAAACUCAGCAACAAACUGGCCGUCGAUAGGUUGUACAGAGAAAAGGCUGAAGACGUGAGACAUAACUACACCCUGAGUGGAGAGCUGCCAGAGAUGAUGCAGGCCAGAAUCAACGCUAAGAACAUCAGCGAGAGCCAAUACAAAGAGUCCUGGACUAAGUUACGUGACGGAGGCUACAAGCUGCGACUGGACGCUCUUCCUUUCCAGUCUGCAAAGGCGUCUACAGAGAUCCUCAGUGAUCAAAAGUACAAAGAAGAAUUUGAGAAAACCAAAGGGAAGAUGAUUGGACUGAAAGGACUUCAGGACGACCUCAACAUUUCUCACUCAGUUAAUGCCACGAAACUUCAAAGUGAUAUCAAAUACAGAGAGGACUCAGCGAGGGACAUGUCCAAGGUCCACCUGGGACUGGACAUGCUGCAGGUCUCCCACGCCACCAAGGCCCAGUCCUUAGUGUCGGACCAGGACUACAGACUGACCCUGCACCACUACACCACUCUGCCCGACGAUAUGAAGGUGCAGGCCGCCAAGAAGGCAUACGCACUGCAGAGUGACAAAGUCUAUCGCUCAGACCUGAACUAUUUACGAGGAGCAGCGUGGAUCGCAGCUGGAGCUCUGCAGAUCGAGGGAGUCAAGAAGGCCACGGAACUCAUCAGUGACAAAAAGUACCGCCAACAACCGUACAACUUCAGACACACGUCCGUGACCGACUCUCCAGACAUUGUUCACGCCAAAAUGAGCGGGAAAAUAACAAAUGAACGCUUGUACAAAGAGAAAGGUGUGAGCGACCAACACAACUACACCAUCACCUCAGAGAGACCGGAGAUCACACAGGCCAAGAUCAACGCCGCAAACCUGAGUGAUAUCAAGUACAAAGAGUCCUGGCACACUCUGAGAGCUCAGGGCUACAAACUGACCAUGCAGGACAUACCAUUCCAGGCCGCCAAGAGCUCCACGGGCAUCGCCAGUGACUAUCGAUACAAACACAACCACCUCCUGGACAAAGGGAAACACAUCGGCGUGAAGAGCGUGACGGACGACCAGAACGUCCUCCACUGCCUCCUCGCCGGGCGCCUGAACAGUGACCAGCAGUACAGGAAGGACGCCCUGACCACGAGCGGCAACUACCACCUCACCACGGACAUGAUCAACAUCGUGUCCGCCAAGAACGCCCAGGCGCUGGCGAGCGAGCAGGACUACAGGAAGAGGCUGCACGAGUACACGGUGCUGCCCGACGACAUGAAGGUCCAGUGGGCCAAGAAGGCGUACGAGCUGCAGAGCCAGAAUUUGUACAAGUCUGAUCUGAACUUCAUGAAAGGCGUGGCCUGGGACGGAGCCGGAGCGCCUCAGAUGGAGUCGGCUAAAAAGGCCGGAGAACUCCUCAGUGAAAAGAAGUACCGACAGCUCCCGGACAGUCUCAGCUUCACCGCAGUCACAGACUCUCCAGACAUCCUCCACGCCAAGAACAGCUACCAGCAGUGCAGCGAGCGACUGUACAAGUCCAGGAGGAACGAGGACAUGAACAAGUUCACGUUACAUUCAGACGAUCCCGACUUUGUCCGAGCCAAACUGAACGCACAACAGAUCAGUGAUAAAGUGUAUAAGGCUCAUGGAGAGCAGGUGAAGACUUCAGGCCACGACUUGAGGCUGGAUGCGAUUCCGUUUCAAACAGCGAAGGCCUCUCGUAAGAUCGCCAGUGACCUGUCGUACAAAGCGUCGCACCUGAAGGAGAAGGGUCAGCAGAUCGGCCUUCGCUGUGUGGAGGACGACCCCAAAAUGCUGCACUCUCUGGCCGCCAGUAAACUGCAGAGUAACCUGGAGUACACGCGACAGUCCAAGGAGGCGCACUCCCAGUACAAGAUCCAUGCAGACCAGCCCGAGUUCAUGCUGGCCAAGAAGAGCCAGGCCCAGGCCAGCGACGUGGUGUACCGCCAGAAACUGCACGACUACACCUGCGACCCGCAACAGCUCAACGUGAAGCACGCCAAGGAGGCCUACAAGCUGCAGAGCGACAAGAACUACAAAGCCGAUCUGAACUGGAUGAGGGGAGCGGGCUGGACCCCUCCUGGAUCACACAAGGCAGAACUGGCCCGAAGAGCGGCUGAGCUGGGACUCACGGAGGGGGUCAGCACCGACGAGGCCAUCGCCAAGUACCAGCACAUGAUGAUGAUGCAACACCAGGAGCAGCAGCAGAACCAGUCGUCGGAGCAGGUGGAGACCAGCGAAGAGGUCCACCAGGGAGUCAACAUGGACGCCAUGGAGGUCCUGCACGUCAAACGCAAGAAGGUCCAGACCAUCCAGAAAAGAACCACCACUUCCUCUUUCAAGUCCAUGGAGAAGAAAUCCAGCAGCUCCUCCUCUUCGUCAUCAGCCACGAUUCACAACUCGCUCAAGUCUUCGUCCACGGCGGCGGCCAUCGACGAGGCAUAA